CUCCAACAUUAACAGUAAUGCAAGACAAAACUAACUCUUCCACUCUCAUCUCUUCACUUCUCAACUCAACCAUGGCUACUCUAACUAAACUCUCUCAACUUCUUCUCUUACUUAUCUCAUGCCACCUCACCUUCCGCCCCGGCAACGCCGUUGCCAGUUACUCCAUCGGCAUCAACUACGGAGCCAUCGCCAAUAACCUUCCGCCACCUCAGCAAGUCGCCAACUUCCUUAAAACCCGAACCAGCAUUAACCGCGUCAAACUCUUCGAUGCAAAUCCCGAUUUCCUGCGGGCCUUCGCCAACACUAACAUUUCCGUAACCGUUACCAUCGGUAACGGCGACAUCCCUGCUCUGGCCAAACUGCCCGCCGCGCAGUCCUGGAUCGCGAAUAACAUUCUGCCACAUCACCCUCAAACAAUCAUCAGAUACAUAACCGUUGGUAACGAAGUCUUGGCCACGUUAGAUAAAAACCUAGUCGCUCAUCUUCUGCCUUGCAUGAGAGCUCUAAAAUCAGCUCUCGAUCUGGCGAAGUUGAGCAGUAUCCAAGUAACUACACCUAAUUCGCUGGGUAUUUUAUCGGCUUCUGAGCCUCCAAGCGCGGGAAGAUUUCGAAAGGGUUAUGAUAAAGCUGUAUUCGCUAAGAUACUCGAGUUUCAUAAUCAGACCAAAUCGCCGUUUAUGGUUAACCCGUACCCGUAUUUUGGUUUUAAGCCACAGACGCUAAACUACGCUUUGUUUAAGCCAAACGCCGGCAUCUUUGAUCCAGCGACGGGGAAAAAUUACACAAACAUGUUUGAUGCGCAGCUUGACGCUGUUUACUCGGCAAUGAAGAAGGUCGGUUAUGGUGAUGUGGAAAUUGUAGUGGGGGAGACCGGUUGGCCGUCGGCGGGUGAUCCGAACCAACCGGAUUCGAAUUUACAGAACGCGCUGUCCUAUAAUGGGAACCUUGUGAAGCAUGUGAACGCCGGUGAAGGGACGCCUCUUAUGCCUAAUCGGAGUUUUGAGGUUUACCUUUUCGCUUUGUUCAAUGAGAAUCUGAAACCGUCUAUCUCGGAGCAGAAUUUCGGGUUGUUUAAACCCGAUUUCAGUCCGGUUUACGAUGUGGGCAUUUUACGCAGUAAACAGGCACAAGGUCCCACCUCUCCUGCUGCACAGCCACCAUCAGCUGCUUCACAGCCAGCAUCAGCGGCUGCACAGCCACCAUCAGCUGCUUCAAAGCCACCAUCAGCGGCUGCACAGCCACCAUCAGCGGCUGCACAGCCACCAUCAGGGGCCAUGAAGUGGUGCGUACCGAAAUCAGACGCCACUGAUGCGCAGCUACAGGCGAACAUAGACUACGUGUGUGGUACUGGAUUGGACUGCAAGCCUAUACAGGCUGGUGGGACCUGUUUCAAUCCGAACAACAUACGGUCACAUGCAUCAUAUGCCAUGAACGCAUACUAUCAGGCCAAUGGACGACACGAUUAUGAAUGUGAUUUCGGCCACACCGGAGUCCUCACUUCCACGAAUCCAAGUUACGAGGCAUGUGAUUACUCUUCAGUUGAAGAAGUGAAGGUAGAAAAGUCGGUGGCGGCAAACACGAUGAUAUUUUGUGCCGUUAGGGCGGUGAUUAUGGUAACUUUAAUUCAACUUUUAUUUGUAAUUUAAACGGAAAAGCAAAAGAGUGGGCCUAACUUAUUUUUUUGGGUUUGUAUUUUUCCCUAUUUUUGUCUCGUCAUUAUGACUAUUUAUAAGGCCUUGUAUUAGUUUUUAACUUAGUAUAGUGCUAUUUGCUUUUGUCAGCUGUGGCUAAGUAUGUGAGUUCAGUCAACA